AGUCACAACAAGUGACGCAGCAAGUUCGUAGCGUACCACCCACUGGUCCUCCGAAGAUAGCGGCAAAAAAAGGCGGUGCUUUUGUGCCUCGAUACCGGACGACGCUCGCAACAAUGGUUGAUAUGUCCGAUUUGAAGGAUGGUGCUUUACGUGAAAUCAAUAUGGAUGAAAGUGUCUUCGGUAUUGAAUUCAAGUCACAUAUUGCAAUUGAUGACUUGGAAGAGAUUUUUACGCAUGAACAACUAGGCGUCGGUAAUAUGCACUCAUACAUCCGGUUGUUGUAUGACAGAGUGUUGCGCGGGACUGUAUUGUCUAACAGAUUCUGUUUCGUGUCUUCCGCCCAUUGCAGCGGAAUGGCAAUUGAUUCGGAACCGGAAUCAGUUAGACAGCUCUUAGUUGAUAGAUUCAUGUCCACCGGCAAUUCAGAAAGUCUGCAUCUUUGGGCGUAUAAUACCCGACCAGUAGGAGCACACUGGUUGUUGCUUGCUAUCAACCCUAUAAGAGAAGUCGUGUAUUAUCUGAAUUCGGUAAAUGGUGACUGGACCAAUUAUCCGGCUAUGAAGGAAAUCGUUGAUUUAUCAAUACAAGUGUUCCGAAGUCAACGGGACGCACAGGUAUCCCGGACUAAAUCAAACAACAUUACUUGGAUCAAAGUGCAGUGUCCGCAACAGCGAAACAGUUCAGAUUGCGGAUACUUUGUUUUGAGGUUUAUGAAAGAAAUCCUUCAGGCGAAUCCAUUAGAGAUUCCGCUCACGUACCUUGACGAAUUCCGUGCUGCUGGGUACCCGAGACUUAAGUUGGAAGAAAUCAAAGAGGAUUUGUGUCACUUUUAUAUUAAGCAAUUUUUCAUGUAGGAUUUGUGUCGAUUUGAACUAUAAUAUUAUUGAUGUUGUAAUGAUGUAUAUAUAUAAUUUUGGAUAUUAUAAUGGUAUUAUAUUAGUAUAUAUAUAUAUAUAUAUAUAUAUAUAUAUAUAUAUAUUGUCUUACUGAUGGCUGAAAUUAUAUCGUCGAAAAUAUAUUACAGGUCGAAAAUAUUACAGGUUGAAAACAUAUUACAGGUCGAAAAUAUUACAGGUCGACUGGGAGGAUUA